CCCGGUUCGGCUCGAGGGGGGCAGAGUUUAGGGGGGGGGGUGCGAGGACCCCUUUGAAGGAGGAGGGGGUGGGGGGGCUGGAGGGGGGGGCGGGGGGAGGGGGGAGAAUGAGGCUGCGUCUGUUUCGCAUGGCGCUGUUCAGCUGUGGCUGCUCCAUCCUCCUGGCUCUAGCCUACCUGCACGGCUCCCUGGCUCCAGGUGUGGCCCCGUUCCGAACACGGAGCCUCGGAGACGUCGAUGGAAUCCUCAGCUGGGAGCAGCGCGUGGCGAUCGUCUCGGCGGACCCCGUGCAGCGCGCGAGGAGGGAGCGGCUCUCCCGGGGGUGCAACGCCAUCCAGGAGGGGGGGCCCGGGGGGGGGCCCAAGCGCCGGGUGCUGAGCCCCGCGGACCUCAAACACCUCCUGGUGGACGAUGAACACCGCCUCAUCUACUGCUACGUGCCCAAGGUGGCGUGCACGAACUGGAAGCGCGUGAUGCUGGUGCUGAGCGGGCGGGCGAGGGGCCUCCAGGCGCAGGCGAUCCCGGCGCACGAGGCGCACGUGCCCGGCGCGCUGCGCUCGCUGGCGCACUUCAACACCUCCGAGAUCAACCGCCGGCUGCACUCGUACCUCUCCUUCCUCUUCGUGCGCCACCCCUUCGAGCGGCUCGUCUCCGCCUACACCAACAAGUUCACCAAGCGGUACAACACGGCGUUCCACUCGCGCUACGGCACGCGCAUCAUCCAGCGGCACCGGCACGCGCCGGGCGCGGAGGCGGCUCGGCGCGGCAGCGACGUGCGCUUCGAGGAGUUUGCGUGGUACCUGGCGGACCCGCGCACGCGCGCCGAGGAGCCCUUCAACGAGCACUGGGAGACGGCGGCGGCGCUGUGCCACCCGUGCCACGUGCGCUACGACGUCGUCGGCAAGUACGAGACGCUGCAGCGUGACGCCGGCCUGGUGCUGCGGCUCGCUGGAGCCGGUGCCGACGUCCAGUUCCCCCCCGCGCCGGCGCGCGCCCGGCGCGGCGGUGGUGACGGCGGUGGCCGUGGCGGUAAAGUCAGUGAGGCGAGGAGAGAGGCGCUGAAACACUUCCGCACGCUCGGAGCGCACUACCGACGGCGCCUGUACGCGCUGUACCGGCACGACUUCCUGCUCUUUAACUACUCGGCGGCGGCGUUCAUGGACGCGCGGUGAUGGUGGCCGGAGUGGUGGCGGUGGUGGAGGUGGGGAGGGUGAUGAUGGUGAUGGUGGUAAUGUUGGUGAUGAUGGCAGUGAUGAUGGCGGUAACAGUGGCGACGGUGCUGGCAAGCUGUUUGUAUGUUGAGCUUCUUACGCACCUAGCCAUCCGUGCACAUCAUAGGUGCUAAUGAUCACGCCGAUGAUGAUAAUGACGAUGGGGGUGAUGAUGGUGACAAUGAGAUGAGUGAAGAUGAUGAAGAUGAUGAUCAUCACGCAUCAUCACAAUCACCAUCAUAGAUUAAAUCAUCACCUAAACGAACAUCGCUGCCAUUACCAUCACUUUAAUCAUCAUCGUAAUCACCAUCAUCCCUAUUAUCAUCAACACCAUUAUCACCAUCAUCACCAUCACGAACAUCACGGGUAUCAUCACUAUCACCGUCAUCAUCACCACCACCAUCGCAAUCUUCACCACUGCCAUUGCUAUGAGCAUCAACAUAAAUGUUCGAUAUCCACCGCGUGCAGUGAUCAGGUCACGCGAGGUCAUGCAAGGUCACGAAUUUUUGGGGAGGAGCUCCCGCCCCACCCCUCGCCCCACCCCCUCCCCCACCCCCUGCCCCACCCCCUCCAAGACUUGAGGGAGAAAUCCUGGGAAGCUCCGACACUGGCGCCCUCUGCUGCCUGCCUGCCACGUGUCGUUUACUGUCAUCUGUGGAGGAAAUUGUAAAUGGUAUUUUUUUAAAGCAAUAGCAAUAAUUGUAAUAAAAACUAGACUUUUGUUAUAUUUAAAUUAUUUUUUUUUACCUAAUAAGCUCACUGUCGAAUCCGGGAAAAAGGCGGCGUUUGUCUGCUAAAUAGAAUUAAACGAAGGUAAAAUAUUAGAAAUCUGCGCAGCUAUCCAUCCUCUUCACCACCUCGCGUGAGACUCAAUGUCUCAAAGCAGGAAGCUUGACGCUUCCGCGGAUUUCUCAAGCGCCGAGCAGUGGACACCGGGUGGACCACUGUGGUGGACAUUCGUGGAGUCGCUGCGGUGGACAAUGGGUCACUGUGAUGGACACUGGGUGAGUCUGAUGGGUUACUGGUUGACACUGAGUUAGUCACUGAUAAAGUAGCAAACGAUAUUGAAAACUUGAGGUUCAUAGUUUCUCAGUCACUCGGGAGUUGAGGUUGUUGCAUGUCUGUGUGUGUUCGAGUGCGAGACUGUGUGUGUAUGUGGGGAGCGGUGGUGUAGCGGUUAGCGCGCUGCACUACGAACCUGGCGACCCAGGUUCGAUUCUCGUUCAGGACCAACACCAGUGACAAUUAUCUGAACCGGUCCUGGGCCUCCCCUAUGUCGACUCAGCCUAAAAAAUGAGUACCUGGUGCGAUGUGUAAACAUCGCCAUGAGGGAGACAAAGGCGGCCUGGCGUGGUGCUGGCCACCCACCCCCUCGUGUGUCGUGCCGGCCUUCGUAGGUGCUCGCUAACAGCACAACAGUCUGUUACAGGCUAUACGGGGGAUCUUUGUCUUUGUUGUAUGUCUGUGCCUGUGUUGGGGAUUGGUGGCGUAGUGGUUAGCGCACUGCACUACGAACCCGGCGACCCCGAGUUCGAUUCUUGCGCACCGUCAGCAUCAAUGACAUCUGAACCGGUCCUAGAUCUCGCCUUGGUCGAUCGAGUCUUGAAUUAGUACCUGGCAUUGUGUAUUAAUAUUAGCGCCGGGGUCGUGGUUCUAGCCACACCACCCACUCGCAGAUAAGCCGUUCAGGCCUUGCACGUAUGUUGAAUUUCUUUCGCAUCGUAUGUAGCCAACACGUGCUAAUCGGAGGUGUGGGAAAUAGGUGUUUGCUAACAGCACUUGCUCCAACAGCCUGUGUGGGCUACACGGGCACCUUUGUCUUUGUCCUCUAGGUUUACAUGAUCUAAUCUGCGCUACGCGUCGCAACUUGUGUUAAAUGUUGAAUCGAUUUUUUGUUGUUUUAUAUAUUAUAUGGUCGAAUAAAAAAUGCGCAU